UGAGGUAGCAAGAUUGUCAAUGGAGUCAUCGUCUUCAUCCAACUCCAUUGGGGUAUGGAAUUACCUGAUUUUAUUACUUCUACGUCCGAUUCUCGCAAUUUCUUUCGUUCUAUCCUUCAUUCUUCUUGGGUGGUUUUUGGCAUGGAAGUUAAUUCUGGUUCACGUACCUCUGAUUCAAGAUAUAUUUGGUUUGCGAGAGAAACGUAUAAAACCCAAGCCCCCGAGUCGUGGAAGAUUCUCUAAAUUCUAUAACACCAUCGAUGACAUUGAUUCUGAAAAAACUGUCUCAGGAUCAGCAGGAGAUCAACUUUCUUGAAUUCUUGUAUGCUUGGAAGGAUAAGGGAAGCACCAUGAUAUGCAAAUGUACAAUAACAGUUAUUUGAUCCCUAUAGUGCAAUCAACUUCAGAGUAUUCAAGAGGUUUAAAGAUCAGAGGUCAUGCCGCCUGUACAGAUUUGUGAUUUUCUUUGACAGUGUUGGUGGAUUUAUGACAGAAGUAUGGUGGUGGUAGUUCCACGAUCUCUGUAGUUCAAUAUCUGUGUGUUGGUUUCAGCUUUAGUGCUGUGGCAUAUAUUUCGAUCGUUUGUAAUAAAUUACUUGUCAAAGUAAAGGAGAGGGUAGGGAAUUUGCAGCUAAUGCUUGCUUUAGACGCAAUGCCAGUGACUUUUAGAGGCCACAAAGAAAUGGGAUGCGUAGUAUUCUGACCUCUGGCAGGAUUUAUGUGUUGCCGAUGCAGGUCAAGUAAGAGUCAUAAGAGUAAUGUUAUCCAUUAAUAAAAAUCUUUUUUAUGUAUUGUUUCA